UUUGAGUAUUGACCUCUCUCGGUACCCGUACCGUAAGUGCAGGAAAGACGCAAGUAAACAUUUCAUCCGGCGAAUGUGUUGAACAAAAGUGUACUUCUGCGGCAUAUUCAACUUGUGUAAACUUGUAAUAUGAAUCCAACAUGUUAAUGUGUCGAAGCCAUUUGCUGUAAAAUUAAAAUAACACGUCUUUCGUUUUUCGUUAGCCAUUUGCUAGCUCACGUCACGAGGCAGCUAUACUGUCAUUUAGCUUAGCUUUUAGCAACCAGUUACUUUAGCUUCAUCCUGGCGUUUCCCUGCUUCGAUGGAGUUUAUCUCCCGAAGGAGGAGAAUGAAUUCGUGCACCAGGUCUUGGAUGAGAUGGAAACAUACCAGAAGAGCAGCCCCAAGAGUGUCCUCCUGUUCCCCCCUCUACCCAGCAGACUACGAUACCUGAUCCACAGGACCGUCGAGGAUCUGCCGGAGCUCACCACCUUCUCCGUUGGGGACACCUGGGGGCGUCGAGUGGUGGUUUGCCCCUUGCAGCUCAGAGGCAGGAUACAGGAAGAAGAAAAUGACGGGCAGAGCAACUCGCCGGCUCAGCCUCCAUCUUCAACACGAAGCAGAGCCCCCAAGAGGCCGGACAGGGCGCUGUACAUCCCCAAAUCUGCUCGGGAGAGACCACGCCUACCAAACUCGCAUCAAGAGUCGCCGCAUUCAGGCUCCGGCUGUCCAUCAAACUCAUGUUCUUCAUCUGAGACCACAGAGGAGUUGUCACUGGACCUCCAACAUGCGGUGGAUGGCGGCCCUGGAGAUGAUCCCUUGAGCCGGGAGGAAGCUGACUUGACUUGGAGUGAACAUGGAGGCCAACAUCUCCAAUGGGAGAACACUCUUUCUGGUCUGAGUGACAUGAGCCUACAGGAGGAUGCCAAGGGUGACACGGCCACACGUGACCUGACUGAAGAGAUCAAGGAACACCUGAAAGGGGGGGCGACCUUCUCAGUGACGCACGUGCACAAUGACUUCUCCACAUAUGAAAAUGUGCUCAUCAACCCUGACCGCUUUCGCCACGUCAUUGAGAUCUACGACUUCCCAGCUAUGCUGAAAACAGACGACCUCCUGGACGCUUUCACCGACUACAGUCACGGGGGAAUGAAGAUCACCUGGGUGGACGACACACACGCUCUGGGCGUCUUCUCCACCGAGGCGGCGGCACUGACAGCCCUCUCAAUCUGCCAUCCUCUGUUGAAGGCGCGAGCACUGGCUGAAGGCAGUAAAAAGGCCAAAGGCAAGGUCAUCAGAAGGGCAGGUUGGAAGAUGUUUCUUGUUGAGCGGACGUAGCAUCACGUAGCAUCACAGUUCAUGCAGCCUGUGAAGGACCGCCCCAAGACAGACAGCGCUGUUGCCAGGCGGAUGGUGGGCCGAGCCUUGGGCCUGAAGGGACGAGGGCGUGGCCACAGCUGCUGACAGGAUGAACAUGAGCAAUGUGGCAAAGACAUUUCUAGAACAUCAAAUUAGCAGUUCAAUGCUCAUUCGAACAAGAUAUUUUUGAAUAUGCCCGCCUGGCACAUCGUAUGACACCAUGACUUCAAAAGCAAGAUGCUUCGGUCCGAGCAUCAUUUAGUGUUGGACUAGAACAUGAACAUGGAAAUCACUAAGAACUCUACAGUUUGUUUUCAAUGAGUCUAUUUCUAUAUAUGUUUGCCUUCUGUAUACGCUUGUUGUUUUUACAGAAUGCCAAGUUUACAAGCGCGCGCUCUUGUUGAGAAGCCAUCAAGUGACAAUUAAAAAUAACAUGUUGUGCUUUCACCGUCUACCUUUAUUACAGAAAACAUCAUGCAUUUUUUUUCCUCAU